AUGGCGGGGCCCUGGGGGCCCAAUGUCUGCGGCUCCAGGUUCCAUUCCUACUGCUGUCCCGGCUGGAAAACGCUGCCCGGAGGGAACCAGUGCAUUGUCCCAAUCUGCAGGAAUUCCUGCGGUGACGGGUUUUGUUCGCGGCCGAACAUGUGCACGUGCUCCAAUGGACAACUCUCUCCCAACUGUGGCUCAGCUGGAGUCCAAACGUGCAACGUGAGGUGCAUGAACGGGGGGAGCUGCUCCGAGGAGUCGUGUCUGUGCCAGAAGGGAUACACCGGCACCUACUGCGGGCAGCCUGUCUGUGAGAACGGCUGCCAGAACGGCGGGAGGUGCAUCGGGCCCAACCGCUGCGCCUGCGUCUACGGCUUCACCGGCCCCCAGUGUGAGAGAGAUUAUCGGACCGGGCCCUGCUUCAGCCAAGUGAACAACCAGAUGUGCCAGGGCCAGCUCAGUGGCAUCGUCUGCACCAAGACCAUGUGUUGUGCCACCAUCGGGCGGGCCUGGGGACACCCCUGUGAGAUGUGUCCUGCCCAGCCCCAUCCCUGCCGCCGGGGAUUCAUCCCAAAUAUCCGCACUGGAGCCUGCCAAGAUGUGGACGAGUGCCAAGCCAUCCCUGGCCUCUGCCAAGGUGGGAAUUGCAUCAACACCGUGGGUUCCUACGAGUGCAAGUGCCCUGCAGGACACAAGCAGAGCGAGACCAGCCACAGGUGUGAAGACGUGGACGAGUGCGGGGCCAUCUCGGGCGCGUGCGACGGCGGCGAGUGCACCAACACCGCGGGCAGCUACGUGUGCACCUGCCCCCGGGGCUUCAUGACCAGCCCCGACGGAUCCCGCUGCAUUGACCAGCGCAUCGGGACGUGUUUCUCGGCGCUCAUCGGGGGCCGCUGUGCCGGGGACCUGCCGGGCCAGUACACCAGGAUGCAGUGCUGCUGUGACUCAGGGCGCUGCUGGGCCAUCGGCCAGACCCCCGAGAUGUGCCCUGUGAGGGGCUCUGACGAGUACCGCAGGCUCUGCAUCGAGGGACUCCCGGUCGUGCCAGGCUUCCCUGGGAACUUUCCAGGGAUCCCUGGAUUCGGGCCCAACGGCGUCGGGCCGGGACUCAACGGGCCCGGAGGCAUCGGCCCAAACGGGGCGAACGGACAAGGCGGGAUCCCGGGGCUGCCUGGAAUGGGAACUGCCACAUUGAACCAGACCAUUGACAUCUGCAAGCACUUCACCAACCUGUGCCUGAACGGGCGCUGCAUCCCCACCCCGUCCAGCUACCGCUGCGAGUGCAACAUGGGCUACAAGCAGGACGUGCGGGGGGAGUGCAUUGAUGUGGACGAGUGCUCCAGCAGCCCCUGCGUGCACGGCGACUGCGUCAACACCCCGGGCUCCUACCACUGCAAGUGCCACGAGGGCUUCCAGAGCACCCCCACCAAGCAGGCCUGCAUUGAUAUCGACGAGUGCAUCAUGAACGGGGUGAUGUGCAGGAACGGCCGCUGCGUCAACACCGACGGCAGCUUCCAGUGCAUCUGCAACGCCGGCUUUGAGAUCACCCCUGACGGCAAGAACUGUGUUGACCACGACGAGUGUGCCACCACCAACAUGUGCCUCAACGGGAUGUGCAUCAACGAGGACGGAAGCUUCAAGUGCAUCUGCAAGCCCGGAUUUGUUCUGGCUCCCAACGGGCGCUACUGUGUCGACAUCGACGAGUGCGAGACCCCCGGGAUCUGCAUGAACGGCUGGUGCAUCAACACCGAGGGCUCGUUCCGCUGCGAGUGCCUGGGGGGUCUGGCCAUCGGCGUGGACGGCCGGGUCUGCGUGGACACCCACAUGCGCAGCACCUGCUACGGGGGCAUCAAAAAGGGCACCUGCGCCCGCCCCUUCCCCGGCGCCGUCACCAAGUCCGAGUGUUGCUGUGCCAACCCGGACCACGGCUUCGGAGAGCCCUGCCAGCCCUGCCCGGCCAAGAACUCGGCGGAAUUCCAGGCUCUCUGCAGCAGCGGCAUCGGGAUAACGGCUGAUGGCAGAGACAUCAACGAGUGUGCCCUCAACCCGGACAUCUGCCCCAAUGGCAUGUGUGAGAACCUGCGGGGCAGCUACCGCUGCAUCUGCAACCUGGGCUACGAGUCCGACCCCACGGGCAAGAACUGCGUGGAUGUUGAUGAGUGCACUGUCAACCGCCUGCUGUGCGACAACGGGCUGUGCAGGAACACCCCCGGCAGCUACACCUGCACCUGCCCCAAGGGCUUCGUCUUCAGGACAGAGACGGACACCUGUGAAGACAUCAAUGAGUGCACGUCCAACCCGUGUGUGAACGGCGUGUGCCGGAACAACGCCGGCUCCUUCGCCUGCGAGUGCUCCCCUGGCAGCAAACUGGACCCCACUGGCACCAUCUGUGUGGACAGCAUGAAAGGGACCUGCUGGCUCAACAUCCAGGACGGGCGCUGCGAGGUGAACAUCAACGGGGCCACGCUCAAGUCGGAGUGUUGUGCCACCCUGGGGGCAGCCUGGGGCAGCCCCUGCGAGCGCUGCGAGAUCGACACCGCCUGUCCCCGGGGAUACGCCCGGAUGAAGGGGGUCACCUGUGAAGAUGUGAACGAGUGUGAGGUGUUCCCCGGCGUCUGCCCCAACGGGCGCUGCGUCAACUCCGCCGGCUCCUUCCGCUGCGAGUGCCCCGAGGGGCUCACCCUGGAUGGCACUGCCAGGACCUGUGUGGACGUGCGGGUGGAGCAGUGCUACAUGCGCUGGGACGAGGACGAGUGCACGGAGCCCCUGCCCGGCAAGUACCGCAUGGACAUGUGCUGCUGCUCCGUGGGCUCGGCCUGGGGCAGCGACUGCGAGGAGUGCCCCAAGCCGGGCACCGGCGAGUUCAAGGCCAUCUGCCCGCGCGGGCCCGGCUUCGCCAACCGCGGGGACGUGCUCUCGGGGAGGCCCUUCUACAAAGACGUGAACGAGUGCAAGGUCUUCUCCGGGCUCUGCACUCACGGCACGUGCCGGAACACCAUCGGCAGCUUCCGGUGCAUCUGCGGCAACGGCUUCGCUUUGGACGCCGAGGAGAGGAACUGCACGGACAUCGAUGAGUGCCGCAUCUCCCCGGACCUGUGCGGCCACGGCACGUGCAUCAACACCCCGGGCAGCUUCGAGUGCGAGUGCUUCGAGGGCUACGAGAGCGGCUUCAUGAUGAUGAAGAACUGCAUGGAUAUCAACGAGUGCGAGCGGGACCCGCUGCUGUGCCGGGGCGGGAUCUGCAUGAACACCGACGGCAGCUUCGAGUGCAUCUGCCCCCCUGGCCACGAGCUGACAGCUGAGGGCAACACCUGCAUAGAUAUCAACGAGUGCUCCCUCAGUGACAACCUGUGUCGCAACGGGCGCUGCGUGAACGUCAUCGGCACCUACCAGUGCUCGUGCGACUCGGGCUUCCAGGCCACGCUGGACAGGCAGGGCUGUGUUGACAUCGACGAGUGCACCAUCACCAACGGGGGCUGUGACACCCACUGCUCCAACUCGGAGGGCAGCUACGAGUGCAGCUGCAGCGAGGGCUACGCACUCAUGCCGGACAAGAGGUCCUGUGCAGAUAUCGAUGAGUGUGAGGACAAUCCUGACAUCUGUGAUGGUGGGCAGUGCACAAACAUCCCCGGCGAGUACCGGUGCCUCUGCUUCGACGGCUUCAUGGCAUCCCUGGACAUGAAGACCUGCAUUGAUGUGAACGAGUGUGACCUCAACCCCAACAUCUGCCUGCACGGCGAGUGUGAGAACACCAAGGGCUCCUUCAUCUGCCACUGCCAGCUCGGCUACUUCGUCAAGAAGGGAACCACAGGCUGCACAGACAUCGACGAGUGCGAGAUCGGGGCGCACAACUGCGACAUGCACGCCUCCUGCAUCAACGUGCCCGGCAGCUUCAAGUGCAAGUGUCGCACGGGCUGGCUCGGGGACGGGCUCAAGUGCAAUGACCUGGACGAGUGUGCGACCGAAGAGCACAAGUGCAACCUCAACGCCAACUGCGUGAACACGCCCGGCUCCUACCGCUGCGCCUGCCGAGAGGGCUUCAACGGCGACGGCUUCUCCUGCUCAGACGUGGAUGAGUGUGCAGACAACGUGAACCUGUGUGAGAACGGGCAGUGCCUCAAUGCCCCCGGCGGGUACCGCUGCGAGUGCGAGAUGGGCUUCAACCCCACCGAGGACAGCAAGGCCUGCCAGGACAUCGAUGAAUGCACCUUCCAGAACAUCUGUGUCUUUGGCACCUGCCAGAACCUGCCCGGGAUGUUCCGCUGCGCCUGCGACGAUGGAUAUGAGCUGGACAGGAGUGGAGGCAACUGCACAGACAUCAAUGAAUGUGCAGACCCUGUGAACUGCAUCAACGGGCUCUGCGUCAACACCCCCGGCAGCUACUUGUGCAACUGCCCCCAGGACUUCGAGCUGAACCCCACGGGGGUGGGCUGUGUGGACACCCGUGUUGGGAAUUGCUUCCUGGACACCCAGGAUCGAGGAGACGGGGGGAUCUCCUGCAGUGCAGAGAUCGGAGUCGGGGUCACUCGGGCCUCCUGCUGCUGCUCCCUGGGCCGUGCCUGGGGCAACCCCUGUGAGCUGUGCCCUCCAGCCAACACCACCGAGUACAAGACCCUGUGCCCUGGAGGGGAAGGAUUCCGGCCCAACCCCAUCACUGUCAUCCUGGAGGACAUCGACGAGUGCAGCAGUGGGGAGAACCUGUGCCAGCGCAACGCCGACUGCAUCAACAUCCCGGGCAGCUACCGCUGCGAGUGCUCCACGGGGUACAAGCUGUCACCCAGCGGGGCCUGCGUGGGUCGCAACGAGUGCCAGGAGAUCCCCAACGUGUGCAGCCAUGGGGACUGCGUGGACACCGAGGGCAGCUACGUCUGCAUCUGCCACAACGGCUUCAAGGCCACGGGGGAGCAGACCAUGUGCAUGGACAUCGACGAGUGCGACCGCCAGCCCUGCGGGAACGGGACCUGCAAGAACACAGUGGGCUCCUACAACUGCCUCUGCUUCCCUGGCUUUGAGCUCACACACAACAACGACUGCAUGGACAUUGAUGAGUGUUCAUCCCUGGUGGGGCAGGUGUGUCGGAACGGCCAGUGCAUCAACAGCAUCGGCUCCUUCCAGUGCCUGUGCCAGGAGGGGUACGACCGGACCCCCGACGGGAAGAACUGUGUGGACAUCAACGAGUGCGUGAGCCUGCCUGGCACCUGCUCCCCGGGCACCUGCCAGAACCUGGAGGGCUCCUUCCGCUGCAUCUGCCCCCCGGGCUACGAGGUGCAGAACGACAACUGCAUCGAUAUCAACGAGUGCGAAGAGGAGCCCAACAUCUGCCUUUUUGGGACGUGCACCAACACCCCUGGCAGCUUCCAGUGCGUCUGUCCCCCGGGCUUUGUGCUGUCUGACAACGGCCGGCGCUGCUUUGACACUCGCCAGAGCUUCUGCUUCACCCGCUUCGACAACGGGAAGUGCUCCGUGCCCAAGGCCUUCAACACCACCAAGGCUCGGUGCUGCUGCAGCAAGAUGCCAGGGGAGGGCUGGGGAGAUCCCUGCGAGCUGUGCCCUCAGGAAGGGAAUGUUGCCUUCCAGGAGCUGUGUCCGUACGGCCACGGAGCCAUCCCAGGCCCGGGUGACACCCGAGAAGAUGUCAACGAGUGCUCGGAGAACCUGGGGGUCUGCAUCAACGGGGCCUGCAUCAACACCGACGGCUCCUUCCGCUGCGAGUGCCCCUUCGGAUACAACCUGGACUACACGGGGGUCAACUGCGUGGACACCGACGAGUGCUCCAUCGGGAAUCCCUGCGGGAAUGGCACCUGCACCAACGUGGUGGGAGGCUUCGAGUGCGCCUGCGACGAGGGCUUUGAGCCGGGGCCCAUGAUGACCUGUGAAGACAUCAACGAGUGCUCCCUGAACCCCCUGCUCUGCGCCUUCCGCUGCAUCAACACCUUCGGCUCCUACGAGUGCACCUGCCCCUCUGGAUAUGCCCUGCGAGAGGACAGGAGGAUGUGCAGAGAUCUGGACGAGUGUGCGGAGGGGCUGCACGACUGCGAGUCCCAGGGGAUGCUGUGCAAGAACCUCAUCGGCACCUUCAUGUGCAUCUGCCCGCCAGGGAUGCAGCGCAGGCCCGAUGGAGAGGGCUGCACAGAUGAGAACGAGUGUCGGACCAAGCCUGGGAUCUGCCCCAACGGGCGCUGUGUGAACACAGCGGGGAGUUACCGCUGCGACUGCAACGAGGGCUUCGAAGUCAGUCCCUCUGGCACCGAGUGCAUCGACACCCGCCAAGGGUUCUGCUUCACCGAGGUGCUGCAAACCAUGUGCCAGAUGUCCUCCACCAACCGCAACCUGGUCACCAAAUCCGAGUGCUGCUGCAACAGCGGGCGCAGUUGGGGCCCCCAGUGCGAGCUCUGCCCCCUCCCUGGCACUGCCCAGUACAAGAAGAUGUGUCCCCAUGGCCCAGGAUACUCCACUGAUGGCAGAGACAUCGAUGAGUGCAAGGUCCUGCCCAACCUGUGCAGGAACGGGCAGUGCAUCAACAGCAUCGGCUCCUUCCGCUGCCACUGCAGGCUGGGCUACACCGCCGACAUCACGGGCACGGCCUGCGUGGAUCUGGACGAGUGUAACCAGUCCCCCAAGCCCUGCAACUUCAUCUGCAAGAACACAGAAGGCAGCUACCAGUGCUCCUGCCCCCGAGGGUACAUCCUGCAGGAGGAUGGCAAGAUCUGCAAAGACUUGGACGAGUGUUCCACCAAGCAGCACAACUGCCAGUUCCUCUGCGUGAACAUCAUCGGAGGCUUCAACUGCAAGUGCCCCCCUGGCUUCACUCAGCACCACUCGUCCUGCAUUGACAACAACGAGUGCACGGCUCAGCCCUCGCUGUGUGGAGCCAAGGGGCAGUGUCUGAACACCCCGGGCAGCUACAACUGCGAGUGCCAGAAAGGAUUCUCCCUGGACAGCUCUGGGGUCAACUGUGAAGAUGUGGACGAGUGUGACGGGAACCACCGGUGCCAGCACGGCUGCCAGAACGUGCUGGGGGGGUACAGGUGUGGCUGCCCCCAGGGCUACGUCCAGCACUACCAGUGGAACCAGUGUGUGGACGAGAACGAGUGUUCCAGCCCCACCGCCUGCGGCUCUGCCUCCUGCUACAACACCCUGGGCAGCUUCAAGUGCGUGUGUCCCUCGGGCUUCGACUUCGACCAAGCCUUCGGGGGCUGCCAGGACGUGGACGAGUGCUCGGCCGGGGGCAGCCCCUGCAGCUACGGCUGCUCCAACACGGACGGGGGGUACCUGUGCGGCUGCCCCGGGGGCUACUUCCGAGCGGGACAAGGACACUGUAUCUCUGGCUUGGGCUUUGGGAAGGGUCCCUACCUGCCUGCCCCCCAGGAAGAGGAUGAGGACAACCUGCUCUCCCCCGAGACCUGCUACGAGUGCAAGAUCAACGGCUACCCCAAGAGGGGCCGGCAGCGCCGCAGCCUCAACGGCACCGAGAGGCACCAGGACCACGCCGUGAACUUGGCCAGCAUGGACGUGGAGGCCCCGCUGUCCAUGACCCUGAACCUGUCGGACCUGGCGCGCAAGGAGCACAUCCUGGAGCUCCUGCCGGCCGUGGAGCCCCUGGAGAACCGGGUGCGGUACCUCAUCUCCCAGGGCAACGAGGAGGGUUAUUUCCGCAUCCACCAGAAGGAAGGGCUCAGCUUCCUCCACCUGGGCCGCAAGAAAAUCCUGCCCGGCACGUACCUGCUGGAGAUCGUCAGCGUGCCCCUGUACCGCAGGCGGGAACUGCAGAAACUCGAGGCCAAGAACCACCUCGACUACUUGGCGGGGGAGCUGGGCCAGGCACUGAGGAUGAAGCUCCAGCUCCAGCUCUACUAAAGAAAAAAAAAAAACAAACCCCCCGCGGGAUCCAUCCACCCACCCACCCACCCGACAGUCACGGCCCUUCUCCUCUCGCCAGCCACGCCUUGGGAACAAACGGGCUCCUCUCUCUCGCGCCGCCGCCCCCCUCCUGCCACCGCCUGCACGGGACAACCCCCGGGACAACCCCCUGGGAAACGGCCCCCUGGGAAGUGUCCUUCUGGGAUCAGCACCUGGGAUGCUCUGCUCCGCCAGCCAAAGCCGGGGCCACGCCGCACCGAGAGCUCCCGGGAGCUUUGCCGAGGGUUCCAGACCUCGCCAAAGGUUCCCUCAUCAGCAGGGACUCCCUGCCCCUGCUCAGCUCCCUCCUCCCGGCUCCUGGAACCAAGACACUGUCCAAGCUGGCAGGGUGGUGCCAUGGGGUGCCUCCAUGGUCACAUCCCACCCCACAGCCCGGGAAAUGUGAGGGGGGGCUGGGGGAAGCUCGGGAAGGAGCUUUGGCAGGGCCUGGUGUCAGUGCCUUUCCCAACAGCUCUUGGUCCUCCUUUGCUUCUGCGUUGUCGUGAUGGUGCUGCAGAAACCAUCCCAUCCCUGCCCUGGCUGUGCUCUGUCUCUCGCUGUCUUCUCCAUGUUCUCUGGGCCCUUUGGUGCUCCUCUGGUGCUUUUGGGGCUCCUCUGGUGCUUUUGGGGCUCCUCUGGUCCCUUUGGGGCUUCUCUGGUCCUUUGGGACUCCUCUGGUGCUUUUGGGGCUUCUCUGGUCCUUUGGGGCUCCUCCGGUGCUUUUGGGGCUCCUCUGGUCCCUUUAGGGCUCCUCUGGUCCCUUUGAGGCUCCUCUGGUGCUUUUGAGGCUCCUCUGGUGCUUUUGGGGCUCCUCUGGUCCCUUUAGGGCUCCUCUGGUCCCUUUAGGGCUCCUCUGGUGCUUUUGGGGCUCCUCUGGUCCCUUUGGGGCUCCUCUGGUGCUUUUGAGGCUCCUCUGGUGCUUUUGAGGCUCCUCUGGUGCUUUUGGGGCUCCUCUGGUCCCUUUAGGGCUCCUCUGGUCCCUUUAGGGCUUCUCUGGUCCCUUUGGGGCUCCUCUGGUGCUUUUGAGGCUCCUCUGGUCCCUUUAGGGCUCCUCUGGUGCUUUUGGGGCUCCUCUGGUCCUUGGGGACUCCUCUGGUGCUUUUGAGGCUCCUCUGGUCCUUUAGGGCUCCUCUGGUGCUUUUGGGGCUCCUCUGGUGCUUUUGGGGCUCCUCUGUCAAGCAGUAAAGGUCCCCUCUGAACAAAAGGCCAGUUGAGGUUGCCCCCCUCACAUCCCAGAGCAGCCAGGCCGUGGGACCACAGGCUCCUGUUGGGACACCUCAGGCCUUCCCACCAGGAUACUCUUAACAAGUGUGGAGCUGGAAGGGCUUUCCCAGAGCUCCAGCAAGUCCAGGGGUUCAGGUGUCCUCCCGAGGAGGAGCUCUGGGGAAAGGCAGGUGGAUUGAGGUGCCUGGUUGGGUGUGGUUGGACAAAGCUGGUGGGAAGCACCUCGUGAUCCCGGUGGAGAGCACCGGGAUGCUUCCCCUGCCAGAGGGAUGGAGGGCUUAGAUGCACAUCCCACGCUGCAAGGGGCACAUCCCUGGCCAGCAGCCAUGAAAAUCCUGGGAAAAGCAAGAUGGGGACGGGGUGGGAGGCAGGAACAGCCACUUCCAAAAGAACCCUUGGCUCGGAGCCGCUCUGUCCGUGCGACUCCAGCGCUUGUGGCCACAUCCCCCUGGUCAGGAGUUGUCCCCUCUGGUUGUCCCCUCCAUCAAGGUGGCCCCAGAGAUGGACAGUCUCUGGUUCCUGCAGAUGGGAUGUGCUCCAGAGGGUGUGGAAAACAAGAAUCAGGAGGCAGGAGGUCUCCCUGCUUCCCCCCCCUGUAAUUCCAGCCGGGCUUUUCCUCCCCCCCUCCCUCCAGGGAGGGAUUUUCAUGGCUUCCUUCCCUGCGCUGCCAUUCCCUAAAUCCUGCAUGAACCUCUCUCUGCAGUUCCAAAUGGAUAAAAGGUGCUAAUUCACACGGAACUACCUUAUCCCAGCCCUGAGGUGCUCCCAGCUCCGGGAAGCCGGUGCUGGAUCGGGAUCACCGGCGUUGCUGCACUGUCCCCACCACCCCUCAUAUUUAUGGAGAACCACCAAAGUCCUGCUCCCUGGGCCUCAUGAGGAGUGAAUAUUCCUGUAGCUUUUGGGGUUUUUUGUUAUUUUUUGGGAAUUGGGUGGGAUUUUCCUGGACCCCAGGGGGUGGGGGAAGUGUGUGUUUACUGUAUUGGGGGCUGAAGUCAAACUUGAAAACUCUUUUGCAGCUCCAGACUCUGGAUUUUACAAGAGUCCCCCCAGAGCUUGUGACAGGAUGGGUGGCCUGAUGUUUGGGAUCGGUUUUUUUUUUUCGUUGUUGUUUUUUUAUUUUAUUUUUUUUUAUUAUUAUUUUGGUUCAUUUCAUUUUGUUUUCCAAC